GGAGACCCGCACGGGCCUCCCCCCGCCCGCAUACCGCGGCGGGGAGCGGCAGCCCCCCGCGGGCCCACCGGAAGGAAGUGACGGGGCGCUGCAGGCGGCGGCCGCCCUCGAGGGCGCCACACGCACCCCCGCCCGCCCGCCCCGCCGAGUCACCGGCUCCGCCCCCCCCGCGGCGGCCUUAGCGGCGGCGGCCGAGCCCGGCCCGCAGAGCAGCGGCAGGAUGACGGCGGCGACGGGCGCGGAGCGGCUUCGCGAUGGCAGCUGCCACUUCCAGCGCUCCCGGCUCAUCUGGAUGAUCGCCAUCACCUUCGGCAUGAUCCUCCUCGGCUGGGUAACGCUUUGGCCUUCAACUAUACCUUAUAAUUAUUUGGGAAUAUUUGGUACCUUCCUUAAUUAUUUAGUGAAAAACCACCACAAAUGGGUAUGCUAUGGGUUCUGGGUAUCCUGGUUGAUUCACGUAGUAGAAGCCUUCUACGGUGUUAAGUUAUGCCAAUCUAAAGGAAUCACUGACCCGGCAGUUCAGUUUCAUUGGUUCAUUCAGACACUUUUAUUUGGGUAUGCUUCCUUUGGUCUUCUGGUGUCUUACAAACCUUCAGCCAAGAAGCAGUACUAGAAGACAGUGAAAGAAGCCACUUCUCACAUUCUUCACCCUCAUUUUUCAGAAAAUAUCCUCGCUUACAUGUCCAGGUGCUAUAAUUAGCUAAAUUACAUUCCUGCUACAUGAUGCAGUGCCCUUCUACCCAAGUAACUCUCCUUUUACUAAACAAGACAAUUAUAACUCACGGGGCUCUGUGGAUAGUUCAGUAGAAAUUCAGCUCGUCAGUCUUGGCACUGCCAAAGUGUCAUCCCAUUUAUUGUGCCAGAAGCCAGUUUUUGGCACAGACUGUAUAGUCUGAUUGUCAUUGAAAAGUCCCUGACAGCUGGUGGUCGUGGUUGAUAGGUUACCUUUACAUGGGGAGGAAUUUUCUGCUGCAACAGGGAGAGUUACUUACAGCCACAAGGCAACUUGCACCUGUUUGGUGAUAGGACUUAAGUUUACCUAUAUUUUCUCUACAGGUCAGGCUUGUUGUUGUUGUUAGAGCCUGGUCUUUGUACUUUCUUUUGUCAGCUUAUUUUCUUCCACAAAGGACAGACCACUUUAUUGCUGCAGGCACAUUAAAAAGACCAAGUCUCAGUUCAGGUUGAGGUACAGUGAUGAGCUUAGAUACGUGAAGCGCUUGAACUUGGUUAAAUACGUGUGCCUUAAAUUUCAUGCAGCGUGACCUCAUCUUUUGAAUGAAGAUUUUAAUCUUUGAGUUGGUACAGCAUAAAGUAGUAAUCCUAUAGCUUUGAGGGCAGCUUUUCUGAAAGUAAUUUAUUAUCCAAGAAAAUCCAAGAAAAAGGAAAAAAAAAUCAAUUAGCAUUCCAAAAUCUAGCUGAAAAAUUUAUAUUUGUGAAUGAAAUUAGAUGUAGUGAUUAAACAUACAUCAGAUGUCCUGAAGUCUAUGUUUGAGAGACCAUCUUAAGCACCCCUCAGGGUACUUCCUAUACUAUGUGUAGUGAGCCUUUUAUCAUAUUGUCUUUUACUUUUGAUUAUUUGAACAAGAAUUUAGUCUUUCUUGUUUUAGCACUUUUAAAAGUAAUACCUAUUUAAAAUACUAGCUAUAGCAUGGGGGCAGGUUUUACCAUGCCGCCUUUGGUGCUACUGUUCUGGAAGAAAGGACAAGAAAAGGUUGCUCUUCCUCUAACGAAGACCUCCACGAGGCAGGAACAAAUAAGCUUAUACCUUGUGCAGUACCUACAGACUGUAACGCUUCUGAUGGAGAAGUCUUAUUCAAGCCUGGGUACAUAAAGUUUUUGCUUUUCAGUUGGUACGGAAAGCAUGAAGAACUGAAGGGUUUGAAACAGUGGUUUUAUUUUUAUUUCUUUUUUAAAUGACAAACUGAUAACAUUUUGUGGAGAAGUAGAAACUCAUUUAAUGGCGAAAAAUCCAACAGAAGUGUCAAGAGCCUGAGCUAUGUUUUACUGUGUAACCUUUUAUCUUAGUCUGUGACCCUGUAAUAAAGAUAUAAAAAA